GUUCCUAGGGAUGCGCAUCCGGGUCACGCUAACGCCGCGGUUUCCGCCACUCUGUUGGUUCCAGAGUGGGUCUGAGGCGGUCCCAUGUCGCGCCGUGGGGCGUCUGCAGCCGUCUGUUUGUGAAGACUGCAGAGACCGGCAAUCCAGUCACUUAAGUGUGUAAAGAGAUUGUGGUCCUCAUGGAAGAAGAGCAAGACCUACCAGAGCAACCGGUGAAAAAACCCAAGAUGCAGGAACCAGGAGAACAAACUUUAAGUCAAGUAAACAACCCGGAUGUCAGUGAUCAGAAGCCUGAGACAUCCAGCCUUGCAUCAAAUCUUAGCAUGUCAGAAGAAAUUAUGACUUGUACGGAUUACAUCCCUCGUUCAUCCAGUGAUUAUACCUCACAAAUGUACUCUGCAAAACCUUAUGCACAUAUCCUCUCAGUUCCUGUGUCAGAAACCGCUUACCCUGGGCAGACUCAGUACCAGACACUACAGCAGUCUCAACCCUAUGCUGUCUACCCUCAGGCAACCCAAACAUACGGACUACCUCCUUUCGGUGCACUGUGGCCAGGUGUGAAACCUGAAAGUGCUUUAAUUCAGACUCCAUCUCCAAGUCAACACAGUGUUCUCACCUGCACUACAGGGUUAACCACAAGCCAGCCAAGCCCAGCACAUUAUUCUUAUCCCAUUCAAGCUUCAAGCACAAAUGCCAGCCUGAUAUCCACUUCAUCUGCAAUUGCCAAUAUUCCAGCAGCAGCUGUGGCCAGUAUCUCAAAUCAGGAUUAUCCUACCUAUACUAUUCUUGGACAGAAUCAGUACCAGGCCUGCUACCCUAGUUCCAGCUUUGGAGUUGCAGGCCAAACUAACAGUGAUGCUGAGAAUACCACAUUAGCGGCUACCACGUACCAGACAGAGAAGCCUAGUGCUGUAGUACCUGCGCCAGCCCCACAGCGGCUUCCCUCUGCAGACUCCUCCACAAGCCCGUCUUUAUCCCAGAAUACACCAAAUAAAGAUGCUGAUGAUCAGUCCCGGAAAAACAUGACUGUCAAGAACCGCGGCAAGAGGAAAGCCGAUGCCGGUUCUUCCCAGGACAGUGAAUUAGAACGGGUAUUUCUCUGGGACUUGGAUGAAACCAUCAUCAUAUUUCAUUCCCUUCUUACUGGAUCCUAUGCUCAGAAGUAUGGAAAGGACCCAACAGUAGUAAUUGGCUCAGGUUUAACAAUGGAAGAAAUGAUUUUUGAAGUGGCUGAUACACAUCUGUUUUUCAAUGACUUAGAGGAGUGUGACCAGGUGCAUGUGGAAGAUGUGGCUUCUGAUGACAAUGGCCAGGAUCUGAGCAACUAUAGUUUCUCAACAGAUGGUUUCAGUGGUUCAGGAGGCAGUGGUAGCCAUGGUUCAUCUGUGGGCGUUCAGGGAGGCGUGGACUGGAUGAGGAAACUGGCCUUCCGAUACCGGAAAGUGAGAGAAAUCUACGAUAAGCAUAAAAGCAAUGUGGGUGGCCUCCUGAGCCCCCAGAGGAAGGAAGCCCUGCAGAGACUAAGAGCAGAGAUCGAAGUUCUCACGGAUUCCUGGUUAGGAACUGCGUUAAAGUCCUUGCUUCUCAUCCAAUCUCGAAAGAAUUGUGUGAAUGUUCUGAUCACAACCACCCAGCUGGUUCCAGCCCUGGCCAAGGUUCUCCUGUAUGGACUAGGAGAAAUAUUUCCUAUUGAAAACAUCUACAGUGCUACCAAAAUCGGUAAGGAGAGCUGCUUUGAGAGAAUUGUGUCGAGGUUUGGAAAAAAAGUCACAUAUGUAGUGAUUGGUGAUGGACGAGAUGAAGAAAUUGCAGCCAAGCAGCACAACAUGCCCUUCUGGAGGAUCACAAACCAUGGCGACCUGGUGUCCCUGCACCAGGCUUUAGAGCUUGACUUCCUCUAACUGGAAUGUGGAACUUCCUUCCUUGUGAGCUUCUUUUACCUCCCACAGGAGCCAGAGGCCAGCACCCUCUGAGACCCUUCUCUGCUGUCUCUCUGUCUCUGUCUCUGUCUCUGUCUCAGCGCCCCCUCCCCGUCUCUCAUGCUCUUUCUCUCUCUUCGUGGAAUGCUGGCGAGAACACAAUCAGAACCAACAACUGCAGUUUUUGCUAAGAGUGAGCUGCACCCCACCACCCAUUGUACGGCAGCUGGCUAGAGCAGCAGAAGUCCUGCAGCACCCCUGUGCUUUAAUUUUGGUUUCAUUUGAAAAAGGAAGGACAAGAAAAGGCGAUGCUUGGGGCACAGUUGUACUCUUGGUGCCUGGACAGACUGGAGCUGUUCCUGUUCACACGGACAGAAAACAUGUCCCCUUGAGAACGCCUUCUGUAACCUUAGCUGUAGAGCUUCUCUCCCAGUGAAUGGGUAUGUUAUUUUUGUAGGUGAGGGUCUGGUCUUUGAAGCAGCUACCUUUUCUAUGAAGAAAGCAGUGUGUACAGUUUCCGUGACAGUAAUAAUGGAAAUAUCUGAAAUACCUCCGUGACAGCAGCGCCUCUUCAGUGCCUCCAGCUCUCUGCUCUCUAGGGAGGCUCCUUGCCCUCAAGAGGGCCCUGGUCGCUUACUAACUUUAGACUUUGGCAUCUCCCAUCUUGUAAGCCUCAGUCUCCUUGCCAGCCCUCCUUCCUCUGUAACCAAAUGGCACAGACAAUAAAUCUAAGCCUUUAGCUUGUAAUUCAGAGGCUCUGUCCCCGGAGGUUCGGGCUUCUUAGGAGUUUCAUCCGUGGCUCCUGAGCUAAGAUCUCACCUAGUGCUCCUGCAGAGCAGUGUCCAGCUCAGCCAUCAGAUGCUGGGCUCACACUCCCUGCCCUGUACAUCUCACGUCCACCUCUCCGUGCAGCUCUGGCCAGCCCCUGCCCACUCAAUUCAAGUAGAAGUCCAAGAGCAGGUGAGAGCUGCUUCCUUCACAGUGCACUUAACAUGGGAGUGGAGAGCAGACAACUAGAAUCAAAAUCCAGUUUCCUGUCAAAUACCCUACUUCUCAGAUUCCAUGCUCAAGUGGGAAGCCAGGCCAGAAAGACUUUCUUGACUCAAAUGCUUGAAAAUAGAAUCCUGAGCUAGGUGUAUGAGCACCUCUUAGCCUGUCCCAUGCCAGUCAGACAGUUUUGGGGGGAACUGGGCCUAGUCCCAGUCUUCAAGCCCAACUGGGGGGGGGUUGUUUGGUUUGGUUUGGCAUUUUUUGUUUUUUGUUUUGUUUGUUUUUUUGAAGGCACUAUCUCUUUAAGACCAAUGUGGGUGUCUGCUUAAUUGGGUUAUACUUCUCUAGAAUUGAGGAAAUGUGCAGCUUUGGUCCUCAGGAGGUUCUUGACCAACCCCUAGCUACAGUCACUGUUGCCAGAGAUGCUAUAGUGUAGAAGCAGGAUUCCUCUUAAUGCCAGGCUACCAGAUGGCAGCAGAAGGCUGACACCAUCUUCAGAACUUGGACAGUACUUCUGACACCAGUAGUUGAAGAAGAGGCUCAGCAGGAGGUGAGGUUGGUGUUUGGUCUUGGCCACUCAUUUGGCUUUGUUUUGAGGUAGCAGUGGGAGCAAGGAGCUGGAGUCUAAGCUAGACCUUACUAGGCUGUGUUUAGCACCGCUAUCCCAACCCUGCCCAGCCUUGUUUCAUGAUCCAUCAUAGAAAACUCCAGGAUAAGUUUUACUUCCAAGUCUCAAGUCCUUUCCUCAUUGCCAGUGUAGUUUCUUGUCCUGGACAAAAGCCCACCUAUUGGUGCUGUGCUUCAGGCUUACAAGACUGCCAAGUGAUGACACACACACUGCUCUGCACACAGGUACCACCAAGACACUUCAGGGGAGACUCUGUUCUUAGAAUAUAACACAGUAUCCCUUUCCUUUUGCCCUGACUGGAGAGGCAAGGAGGUAUUCUGAGCUCCACUCUGGCAGCAGCCACCCUAUUAGGACAGACAGGAAGCAAAAGUGCCGACUUUCCCUCCCUUUCACAGACUUGGGAAGGAAAGAGCAGGCAGCAUCACGAAGGCUGGUGGUUAUUAGCACGGGCCACUGUGCAGAGGCCCAAGGUUUGAGCACCCACAGUGAUGCUCACCAUCAUGUGUAACUACAGUUCCAGGGGAUUUGAUGCCCUCUUCUGGCCUCUUCAGGCACCAAGCACUUAAAUACAUAUAAGAAAACACGUCAAAAUCUUGUAAAAAUUAAAAGCUGUUGGAAGUUAGAGCUGAAGGAAACUGGGUGCUUUCAUCACGAAGAGGCUGUCCUUACUGGAAGGAGCACCUUGAAGAAAUUAGUUGGUGAACCCUUUCUCUGCUGGAUCCUACAUUCUGGAGGGUUGGUCUGCACAUCUCAGAAUGAGGGUUCGUCGUAGGAGUGGCUCUGGAGUGCCCUGGGAUACGAGGUGGCUUGACUUGCGAAUGUAAAACUGACUGUGCCUUAGCAUCACUCUGUCCAGGGCCCUGGGGCAGCUGGUGAUGUCUGGGAGAGUGGGUACCUGCUCCAGAAUUUGUUUGGGCUUUUGAUUGGUGGGUAUUCUGUUUCCUCUGCAAGUUGGAUGUUAGAGCUAGUGUCCCUAGAGACUUGGCACAGCUUGUUUGCAGUCCACCCAAACUCAACUUUCAUAGCUCCAAGUAGAAUCUGAUUGACAGCCUCAGCUGCAAGCAUGUGGCGCUUCUAGACAUACUUGUAAUGGGAGUCAUGCAGUUGACAGGAGCACUGGGCAAAGCACUGUGCUGUCCUGAGAGUAAGGCAAGCCUGACCUCCCUCGCCCCUCCCCAGGUUGUGGCUGAGGGUCUCUUAAGUAGCUUGUGUCCUUGCUGCUCACCUCGUCUCCAUCCUCAAGAAGCUACAACUAUCCAGGCACAUUCAUUGUCGAUGCCAAAUUGGAAUUCUGAGCUUCUUAACCACAAGAGGGAAAACUCUGCUUGUGUCCCAGCCUCAUCUGCAGGCCACCUGCCCUCCCUCUACCCUGAGUCUGCUCUAGUGAGCACGGCUCCCUGGCUGCCUCCUUGGACACUGAGCGGAGCCAUCCCAGUAAGGGCCAUUUCUACUUGGAUCACCACUCUCCCCCUGGACUCCAGAUGCCUCUUAGCAGGAAAAGGCAUCAGUUGGGCUGGAUGUAUUUAUGUGACUCUGGGCAUUUGUGGCUAGAGUCCUUGACCAUAAUGUUAUAUGUAAUGGGAACUAUCUUAUAAACUUGAAAAAAAUAAAGUUUUUAUUUUCUA